AUGUCGGCAACUGCUAGUGGGGUUCUCUUGUCUCUCUUGCUCGUGUUGUUCUUUAGUCUCAAUGAUGUGAAAUUUGCCCAAGCAAAUGGGUUGGCCUCAGAAAACGGCACCGUCGAGGCGGCGGAGGCAGAAAUGAUGCCGUUGGUGGAGCCGGGAAAGGCGGAGAUGGUAGCUAUACUGAAUGACAGUAGGAGGCGGCUUGGGAGCUUCCAGAUUUGUGCAUUGUGCACUUGCUGUGGUGGGCCCAAUCGAUACUGCUUGCCUUCUCCUUGUUGCUAUGCCAUCAACUGCAACAUACCCAAUAGGCCCUUUGGCUUCUGUUCUUUCACUCCCAAGACAUGUAAUUGCUUUGGAUGCCAUCUCUGA